CUGGUUGUGCCCCGCAGGGCCGGGCUGCGGCUGCGGAGCGGCGGGAGCGGAGCCAUGAGGCUGCAGGCGCCGCAGUUCCAGGCGCUCUUCACGCCCGGGCUGCGCAGCGUGGCCGAGCUGUUUGAGAAGAAGAACUAUGAGCUGAGGAUAGCAGGGGGUGCCGUGAGGGAUCUGCUCAGUGGGGUGACACCGCAGGACAUCGACUUUGCCACGACAGCCACCCCUGCAGAGAUGAAGGAGAUGUUCACCUCAGCUGGAGUUCGUCUGAUCAACAACAAGGGAGAGAAACACGGAACCAUCACUGCCAGGCUCCAUGAACAGAAUUUUGAAAUUACCACUCUUCGAAUAGAUGUUGUCACCGAUGGACGACACGCCGAGGUGGAGUUCACCACUGACUGGCACAAGGACGCUGAGAGGAGGGAUCUCACUGUCAAUUCCAUGUUUUUAGGUUUGGAUGGGACACUGUAUGAUUUUUUUAAUGGCUAUGAAGACUUGAAAAGCAAGAAAAUCAGAUUUGUAGGGAAGGCAAGUGAGAGAAUACAAGAAGAUUAUUUACGAAUCCUCAGAUAUUUCAGAUUUUAUGGAAGAAUUGCAGAGAAAGCUGGAGAUCAUGAACCUGCUACACUGCAAGCAAUUAAAGAAAAUGCCAAAGGUUUGGCUGGAAUAUCAGGAGAAAGGAUUUGGGUGGAACUGAAAAAAAUUCUUCUCGGAAACCAUGUAAAUCAUUUGGUUCAACUUAUGUAUGAGCUGGAUAUUGCCCAGUACAUAGGGCUCCCACUUGAUGGGAAUUUAGAGGAGUUUGCCAGAGUCACUAAAAACAUUCAGAAUCUGUCUCCAAAACCCAUGACUGUCCUGACAUCCUUGUUCAAGGGGAAGGAUGAUGUCACCAACCUUGACCUGAGGCUGAAAAUCUCCAAAGAAGAAAAGAACCUGGGCCUUUUCUUAGUGAAGCACCGGCAGGAACUGAGCAAGGCCACGGGGCCAGAACCACUGAGGCCAUACCAGGACUUUUUGAUGGAUUCUAGGGAAGCUAACACAAAUUCCAAGAUCUUCGAGCUCCUGAAGUACCAAGGAGAAGAGCAGCUUUUAAAGGAGAUGCAGGAAUGGACUGUUCCCACUUUCCCUGUCAGUGGCCAUGACUUACGGAAGAUGGGAGUGACUUCUGGGAAGGAAAUUGGAACAGCCCUGCAGCAGCUGAGGGAUGAGUGGAAAAAGAGUGGAUACCACAUGGAUAAAGAGGAACUGCUGAGCUGCCUGAAGAGGGUGUAAAAUGAAUAAUAAUAGAACUGUUUGUGCCCUGAUCCGAGUGUACCUUGGAAUAUCUUGUCCCUCACAGCCAGUAGAGCUUCUGUGACAUUUAACACCUUCAGUUACUUAUCCAUCAUUUCUGCAAGGAGAGGUUUAAUUGUGUAAUAAUUACAUUAUUUGCCAAAUUCCACAUUUUCUACCUCUCUCUGUUUAGUGAUUAAAUAUUUGCUGCUUUAUCAUGACUUUGAGGCACUAGAGGUGACAGCAAGGUUUUUCUCAUUCUGACUUUGUUAUAUCUAAAAAAAAAACCAAACCUCAAAUCUUCAAAAAAAGGUGUUUGUAUCCUC